AUGUCAAGUGUAAACCUACAUAGUGAUUUAUUCCUGCAUUAUUAUAAAGCGUGGGGUGGAGUUGAAGAUUAUGAAUCAGAGAACUUAGGCAUACCAGAUUUUUUUCAACGUGUACCACAAGAUAAUGAGAUUUUACCUGCGAAAUUACGGGAGGAUGCUAGGUCUGCUUUGUUGGAGAGAAAAAGUUUGAGAUUGUUGUCUAAUGUUGAACUUCAAGAGUUUUGGUAUCUUUUGGAACGCUAUCAUUCACCUCCUACAGUUAAUGGUGAAAAAUUCAUGGACUAUGAGAAUUUUCGCAAGGCAUCUAAAGAAGCAUCUCCCAAGGCAAAGCAAUAUUUCACAGCAGCUACAUUUGUAAAAUUACUUCGUGAAGAUGAAGUUUUGUCACGUAUUAAUAUAUUGACAUUUUUCAAUUAUGUCAUGAAGAAAGUAUGGUUGCAACAAACCCAUGUUGGGAUAUCUCUUUAUGAUGUGUGCGGUGAAGGUUAUUUGAGAGAGACAGAUUUGGAAAACUAUAUGUUGGAACUUAUCCCUACUUUGUGUCAGCUAUCAGAGUUGGAGCCAACGUUCCAAACAUUCUAUGUAUGCACGGCUGUACGAAAGUUCUUCUUUUUCCUUGAUCCUUUGCGUUCGGGUCGUGUGCGUAUCACUGACAUUUUAGCUAGUGGAUUUCUAGACUCUAUGCUUGAAUUACGUGAAGUAUCUACAUCAGAGGCACAAUUAGCCGCUAAUUGGUUUAGUCAUCAAUCAGCUGUACGUGUCUACGGUAGCUAUUUGCUCUUAGAUGAAGAUCGAAAUGGUUUGUUAACACGCAGUGAAUUAUCACGAUUUGGAAAUGGUACAUUAACCGACGUAUUUCUCGAUCGUGUAUUUCAAGAAUGUUUAACUUAUGAAGGUGAAAUGGACUACAAAACUUAUUUAGACUUGGUUUUGGCUAUGGAAAAUAAACACGAGCCGCAAGCAAUUGCUUAUCUUUUUCGUAUUCUUGAUGUUGGUGGUCAAGGUAAACUGACUUCACUAACAUUACGGUAUUUUUAUGAUGGAAUCGAAGACAAACUACGUGCUUCAGAUAAUGAUAUACCAAGUUUUGAGAAUGUAUUAAAUGAAAUCUUUGAUAUGGUACGACCAGCGAAUCCCCAUUACAUCACUUUAGAUGACCUUAUCAAUUGUGGUAAGGGCGACACCGUAAUAAACAUAUUGAUUGAUCUCCAAGGUUUUUGGGCCCAUGAAAAUCGUGAAGCUUUUACUUCCGAAAUACCAGAUGAAGCAGAAUUGUAA